GAGACUUAACCUUAGAAUGGAGAUGACAAUGUUUUUCCGAGCACUGCUGCUAAUCAGCUCUCUAUCUAUAUCUCAGCUCCAGGCUUUGAUGGACAAUGAAAUUAUUUCCCAUUCUAGGAAAAAUGGAUCACAGGUCGAAGACACAGAAAAUCUUCCUGACCCCCAACAAACAAUUCCACAGGACAUCAAUGCUGUGCUAAGAGAGGUGAUCGCCUCGGUGGCUGGACUGAAGGUGGAGACAAAGUACCUACAGAGGGAUCAUGAAGCUAACACGAAAGAGCUGGAGCUGCAGAAAGAUGAGUUGGACAAGCUAAAACAGCUGUACCAAGCUAAGACACAGGAGUUGGACAAGCUGAAACAACAGCACCAAGUUCAAACACAAGAGAUGGACAAGGUGAAACAACUGCACCAAGCUCAGAUAGAAGAUCUUAUCAAUAUUAAAAGCAGGGCAAACAUCACUGAAAAUCAGGUGGAGGCUCUGAAGAAAGAAGGAGAAGUGAAACGAGUGGCUUUCUCAGCUUCAUUGUUGACCUCAGGCUCAGCAACUCAUGGUCCAUUUAACACGCACAUCCCUCUGGUCUUCAGGCAUGUUACUACAAAUAUUGCAAAUGCCUACAACCCUAACACAGGGUUCUUCACAGCCCCACUAAGAGGAGUCUACCACUUUGAGUUCUGUGUAGGUGCACAUGGACAUGGUUCACAUGGUUCAGGUGCUGCGCUGGUCAAGAAUGGAGAAAAUGUUUUGAUAGCAUAUGAGCAUCAAGGUAAUGGUUUUGGUUCUUCAGGCAAAGGAGUCACCUUGUUGUUAGAGCCUGGAGAUGUUGUGUUUUUGCGUCAGUGGGUAAACACACGGAUAUAUGAUGAUUCAGAUCAUCAUACAACCUUUAGUGGCCAUCUAAUUUUUACAAUGUGAGAAGAUCUGAUUUCUCUAGCAACAUUAGCAAUUAUCAGAAACUAUUGUUUUGUGUAACAUUUUUAAUUUCAUGUAAAAAUAUAUAGUCAGACCAAAAUAAUCUUCUAUAAAUGUAAUAGUUUGAGUUUUUGCUAAAGAUUUUAUUAGAAUCUGAUUAAACUGACACAGAAAUAUGUUUUUUCAAAUUAGUGGAUCACACUGCGUCCUAUACAAAAGCUCUUUAAUGUCGAAUAAGCAUAAAUCUCAAAGGAAGGAUUGCAUCUAAAAUGAAUUUCAAAGAAAACUUAGAGGAUGUUGUUUUCUUCUCAGUCCCUUGAAAAAGGUGGUGUCUUUUUCUUUCUCCAUUGUUUUAUAAUAUUCUCUUAUGUUAGAAAAAACACUAAGUAAAAUUAAAUAAAUCUCAGUGAUAUCAGAGUGUUUUUGUUGUUUUAUACAUUGCUUUAGAAGUGUUCCAAAACUUGGUUUUAAUAUUGUGUUUGUUUUUUGUUUAAGUUGUUCUUUUGCCAUAUUAUGUACAUUACUUUUGACAACAUCUUAAGUUUCAAAU